AGAAAAUUCUAGGCAAUUGAGCGAUGGCGUUUGCAGACGUUAGGUCUGGAUGACGAUCUAGCUCAUGUCACCUUCCGUGGCCUAACUUCCAUGCUCCACCAAACAGGCAAAAUUUCACAGUGGGAAAUGGCAGUCGUCCGCUUCUACUGCUAGGUGGCCAUUAUCUAUGUCAUUCUGUUUCCUGCCACAUCUGAUGGAAAGCAUGAAUGAAUCCUAUAUUCUAGUGCCUGGCUUUGACUAUCACCACCUUUACGCGAUCAACCCGGGAGAUAUCGUCGCCGACUGGCGAGAACCAACUAAGACCCUCAGCAGCCCCACGAAGCCUGCCAUACUCGCAUUACACACAGAUGUCGAGGGCAUGUUGAAGAGUGAUGACGAGUUGACCACACUCCACGGGCAACUUUGGACGAGAUUCAUGCGCUUCGCUGAUACCGCUGUCGGUGGUGGAGGCACUGUGCUUGACCCUGCGAAUCACUUCUACGAGCGGCUGGACACCAUCCAUCUACACGAUUACCCUACCAAUGAGGAGGCCACUGAGCGCAGCUUGCAUCCGGAAGUACAGAGUGUGAUGCGAAGCGGGUUUGGCCGGACGUCAGUGUUCAUGAUCACGGGCAUCAAGGUUGCCGAGGGAUUCACGAUGAGAAGGCCUUCUCUCGAGAGCCGGGAGACGAAGGCGACAAUAACAGCACGGCUUCUUGGCACGGAAGCAGACCCGGGCCUUGUUGAGGCUGAGGCAAUCAUUGGUGGACAUGAGCCGGUGGUGGAGGAGUGGCAACCGCCUGCCGACAUCGUUUACGCCUAUGAGGUUAGCACGGUCCACUUCGAGGAGUGUCUGUCGGGGCCCUGCCAGAUUCAUCCCCACGUUCCUAGGGCCGGGGCCGCUUUGCUGCAUGAUAAGAAAGGGGAACAGAGGACCGAGGCAGCGGACGACUACGCAGCGUACCUGAAAACUUUGCGGGAGAGGGCAGCAGAUGUGUUCUUGGCCGAGCAGGAGGGCUUGAGGAACCUCACGGGGGAAAUGGAUGUAGAGGUUGUAGAGUUGACGGAUGGAACAGAGAAAUGCGAUGUGGUCAUGUUCAACACCGUGCCUAGGUAGUUUGGAUCUGAGUAUCUGCCUAUCUAUUGGGCUGGACAGGGGUUCUCUCAGCGAUUUAAUUCCUACCUUUACGACGAGAACAAGUAUCCUUAUGAGCGAAAUUGUGAUUAUCAGGUUGGAAGAUUU